UUAGGCCUCUUGCGUUUGGUGCAAGCACAGUGUAGUAGCAGUGGCGUCAUACUCUCUACCUCAUCAGGAAGUUUUAACAGUCCAAACUAUCCAUCGAAUUACCCAAAUAGCAGAACUUGCAGGUGGAUUAUUGUUGUUCAAGAAGGCCACCGAGUACAGCUGACUUUCCAAACAUUUGUGCUGGAAACGUGUGUGAUACCCUCUGUUUGUACUUGUGACCACGUUGAGAUAAGAGACGGUAGCGAUGGAAGUUCUCCCAGCUUCGGAAGAUUUUGCGGCAACAACAAGCCUUCACCAAUCCAUUCAUCUGGGCGAUCUUUAUGGAUAGAAUUCGACAGUGAUUUGACAACGAACGAGAAAGGAUUUUCUGCAACCUACACCACAAUCGGUAGGAUUUUGUUGUUGUUAUCACAGAGCUUUGAAGUACUAAUACACAUAGCUGACUGUUACGUUCUGAUUCUUCUGUCAGCUUGAGAAUAAAAUCAGGAACAAAGUUUUCUCGUCUUCUUUUAAACUUAUCGCUGUAUUUCAAAUCACUAAUUUCGUAAAUAUGAGCACUCGGAAUAUUCUCGGGGACGGGAAGAACCCAGUUCAAAAAAGAAAAUUUGAAAGUAGAAUUAUUGGUCGUUUGUCCCCUUCCUCGAUAGGCUUUCGCUUUAGGAAAUUCCACGUCGUCAUUGUGUAUAGAGAAAGGGCAACACAAUGUAUCCCUCUCUAAUAGACCCAGUGGAAUCUAUAUCUUCCGACUGGGUUCUAGGAGAAAACGUCACAGAGACUGGGUUGGCUUAUUUUCCACUAGUUUUUUCUCUCUCUCAGGCUUAGUUGUUUAUCUCCCAUAAAAGCUACAAGGAGUGGCAGGUCUAAUAUCUUUACUGGUAUGAAACCUUUGAAAACCUUUUACAUAUUGCACUAGCGAGAAGAACUAAAACAUUUACACUUCUUUUUUUUUUAUCUGAGAUCGAUUACCUGUACCCUACGAUAUUUUUGCUAGUGGUAAUAAUGUUUUAUAUUCGUUGAAACAACAAUAUACAGAAACUGAAAAUGUUGAUUCGGCUUCUUGCGAAGACAUGUUAAAUGUAAAGUUUCCUGAGAUCAGCUACUCAUAUUCAUUUGUCAGUAGUCGGAUAAGGUUUGAGGGAUUCGAACAAAAUUUUCGAACUUUAAAACUAAAUCGUUUUGCGUGUAGACUACUGAGUUGGCUAUAUUCUUAUAAUUUCCUGUAAGGCACUGUGUAUUUAUCAGUCGUGCUGUUGUCUUGUUACUUGGAAUAACAUAGAUAAUGAACCUGUAACUCUCCACUCCGCAGAGGAUUGAUUCCAAGAUUCUACUCUUUGUCGUCGGGAGACUGGGGAGAGGGAAUAAAGAAAUGCGGGCGAGUAGAGUCGUCAGUCUACCUUAUAAACCCGUUCCCAUCAUCCCGCGUGUGCUUAUUUUGUUUUGUUUGAUGUUUUUUCUUCAAUUUUUUUGGAAUCGCAGCAGGGACCUCCGCGGAGGAGAGGGAACCAGCAACAAAAACAAUGCUGAUUUUGUUCCUUUUUCUUUCCUACAGCUAUGUCCACAACAGUCCCAUCAACGACUUUUCCAGGUAUGACGAUUACCAUGAAAAUAAAAUCAGACGUCAAACUCUUUAGAUUUCAAUAAAUCUAAACAAAACGUAGUGAUUUUAACAUUUUGGAAACUAGGUACCAGUUCCACCAACAUUUUUACUCAGUGUCGAAAGGGUUUUUAUCUUCUGGCAAAUCAUUCCAGCCAACACAGCACAAAGCCGCAAUACUAGAAAUGGGUACCAAUGAAUGCUUUUAUUUAAACUGAUUUAUUCUUAAUUGUUUUUCAUAUUACUCUGUGUUCACCAAGCAUAGCCCUGCCGUUCGAUUGAUUAACCACACAGAACCCACAAUCACUUGAUUCGCUUUGACGAGUUGUAGAAGGCACUAGUGUAAUAACUGGUCCCAAGUGUAAUGAAGGUCCCAUCUGUAUUAACAUUUGGACCCAAGCGUAAUAUAGGUCCCAUCUGUAAUGACAUUUUGACCCAAGUGUAAUAGAGGUCUCAUCUGUUAUGACUGAGAUAAUAUGAGACAUGUCCACAACAGUCUACAGAUGAUGGGUCAUGUGACUAAAGACUAAAGGGAACGAGAAAAAAAUGAACGGGAAAAAAUACCACAAAAUGUAGCAAUGGCUCUCGCUUUAAAUAAUUUUUGGCAGAUUUAUAACUGGCUAUGAAACACGCUUUUAAAAAAUUCAUCGCUCCAGAACAAAUAAAUAUGUCAUUCGUGUUCGCUUGUAUAAAAUGUCAAGCUAAACAGUUUUCAAAGGUACAACAUUUAGAACAGCUUCUCCGUAACCUGGAUGUAUAGGUUCCUUUAACAAGAUAAUCAAUCACUCAGGAAACGUAAGUAUUGGGCCAGUGAUUAUAUAAGAAGCAAAUAAACAUGACAAUAGAUGGAAAAGAAGACCCCGGCUUGUCAAAGUUUCUUUCAUUCCGGCAUAGUGCUGUUGUAAUUAAGAUAACAUAACCUAACCUUUUCCCUCGUUUUUGCCUUUAUUAAGGAACGUCUACUACAGCUUCUCCAGGUAAGAAAAUAUAAUUUAUAAUAUGAUUUAUGAGAGUACGAUUAAUUUGUUUUGUACAUAUGCAUAUGAACUACUUAAUGACAGAACUGAAAAUUGGACUAAUUGACAACAAUUGUUUUGCUGUAGCCAGAUAUACGCGACAGUAGCUGGGCUAGUAAUAAAUGUAUUUAUCAUGGGUUAGGUAACCUUUUCUCUGGGGUGUUACAUGGUAUGCUGUUCUAUUGCUUCAUUAGCGGUAGGAUGAUAUAUUUGAGUUGUUCUCAUUUAUAUUCAUUCGCGUCUUACCACCGUCCCUACGCCCUCAAAAUUAAAUACCCAGCGACCAGGGGUUUUUCUUAGACGUAGUUUUUUGCAUGCUGCUAUAUGAAAGGUUUAGCACGUUUUGUAUAUGUUUACUGAAUCAUUGUUAUACGAGCAUAGUUUAGAUCAUUAAUUUUGUAGGGUUGUUUUUCUUGCUGUAAUUUUUUUACAUUUCCGAGUUUUCAUUCUGUUUGUUGUAUUAUUUCCAUCCAUUUUAUUGAUGAAGACAUAAUAAAGAGGGUCGCACACUGCUCGUGUUGACACACCCUAGUUGAGGUUGCUUGUUACAUGAUAAAUGUUUUAUAUUCGUUUGAGCGGGGUAGCGAAUUAGAAUAUAAUGGCCGGUCCGUUUUUAGACUGUUUUUCAAUCAUUCCCUAUGAUCUAUAGUUUGGUUAGUUAGGACCGCAUAUAAAAUAAAAAAUCAGUAUCAUUUUGAACAGAAAGCUAACUUUUUCCCUCUUCUUUCCUUAAGAUACAUUUGAACACAUUCUCCAAGUAAGAAGAUAGAAUUACGUAACCUGCAAUUUGUUCCUACGAUACAGGCUCAAUCUCUACCCAACAACAGGACUAUAAUUUAAAAGACCUUAAAAAUGUUCAUCAAAGUUUAUUUAUUUCCAGUGAUUCUUGCGAUGUAGAGGGUGGGAAGAACCUACAUACACAACAAAAGAAAGCUAACCCUUUUUUACAAAGUUUUUUUACUUUGUAAUACACCCUCAACAAUUUCUCCUGGAAUGAAAGCCUAUGAUGUGAUUUGCUAAAUUAAAGGCUUAUAAUCACUGUGCGGGAAAUUGGUCAACUCUGUCAUAGCGCCACUUCUCGUAAGCGACCAAUUUGAAAAUAACCAUUCAGUUGUUGGACGGUAAUACGAUCUGCCAAGCGCUAUUCAGUCAGUGUAGAACAUGUUUAUACGGUAAGUACGUUAAUCACUGAUAAAUAUUCUAUCAGUUUGAGCUUUUUUCUUGAUUUUCCUGUCGACGACCACCUCCCCCCACAGUAUAAGCAACUGGAAGAAAACGCCAGAGAAAGGAAAUUGCAUUUUUAACAGGAAGUUAACUUUUAUCCUUUCUUUCUUUCUUUCAACAAUACCGGCGGGUAUGUAGUGCAUGUAGCUUGGAAGGUGGAAGACAUGAACAACUGAGAAUCUCCGUCUGCAACAGAAAGCUAACUUUCCCCACUUGUUCUCUUUAAGAUACACUUACAACACGUUUUCAAAGUUUUUCCGCCUUUCUUUCAGCUGUUGCCCCGACGACCUCUAGAGUCCCACCUACGACUCCUUCAGGUAUGAAGAUAACAAUGAAAAUGAAAAGUUCUUAAUUAAAACAGAAUGCUUAGAUUUGAUUAUAUCAAAACGAGCUCAGUUUUUCUCAGACAUUUCGGAAACUAGGUUUUUGAAGAGGAUUCUAAAGACGAUUGCAUUUUUAGAUUCCAGCCAUCACACCAAAAUUUGUGGUCGUGUUAUCUCCGGAUCCGUUCGGCCUACGCCAAGGCAACACGGAAAGCCACAAAAAUCUCAUUAGAACAAAUAUUUUUCUUAGCUACGGGCUAGUCGAUUCUCUUAAUCCUCACAAAAUUAAUGAAAUCUUUUCAUUCAACUAGUUUCAUUGUAGCUGUUUUUUGGUAUGAUUAUGUUUUCACUCACAGUAUAGCUGCACCAUUCGAUAUGUAAGCCACACACAACCCACCCUUGGAAGAUUUUUGGAAAUGAUUUAAAGUUAUCGCACGCAAAUGUCCCAAAACAGCUACGCUAAAAUUACCUGUUUUCUCAAAUUUUCCCUAAAUUUAUUCGACUUGUCAAGUAGUCCUUGCCAUUACAAUGGUCUCGGUUGUUAGUCAAACAUAAAAGAGUAAAGAAAGCUAACCUUUUCCCUCUUUUUUUCUUUAAGAUACACCUACAACGUCAGCCUCUCCAGGUAAGGAAAUAACAUUUAUAUGACCUACGACUACAACCCUGGUCAAAACGUCUUGGGACACUUGAGAAAAUUAGGCACAAAGACGCACUUUGCUAAAUUAACUCACAUUCUACCUCUUAAAAAAGCUUGGGAUAUUGUUAAUUAUAAGGGGCUAUUUCUGCUGUCCCCGUCUCCCCCAAGCAGUGUUAAUGUGUUGAAUUAAAACUUGAAUGCAUAACGUCAAAACUGCACCGGGAAGGGGGGGCGGGGGAGGAGGGGGAGGGAAAGGGAAGAUGCCUCAAAUUGACGGGCUAUUUCGUUUAACUUAGUGUCCCAAGAGGUUUGACCAGGGUUGUACAUAGUAAUAAAAGGGUUACUCAAUGCACAAAGCUUCCGGAUUAAUUGACAAUAAGUUUGAUGCAGGGUGGCUAGGGGAAGGGGGUGUUAAUACAUCAAACAUUUUCUGGAUUUAAAGUUGCAAAACUCGUUAAGCUCAUCACAAUGAAAGUAGUCCAUGAUCCACAAGGUACUUGGGAGAACAUUCAAAACAAACAAUAACAACAUCAAUAACAACAACACAUUUUGACACAAAAAACUUUUCAGUAACUUUUUGUCUUUUCUUAUUUAAGAGAAACUAACAACAGCAUCUCCAGGUAAGAAAAAGAAUUUUACAUGUUUUAAGAUUUUGACGAACCGUUUUUAACCGAGAAAGCUAACUUUUUUCCCCCUCUUGAUUUUCAUUAAGAUACAAGACCUAAAACAACCUUUCCCACAGGUAAGAAAAAUACAAAUAUAAUUACUAUAAAUAUGACCUGUUAAACGCCCAAUUUCAAGUAAACGCCUCUUAUCUGAUAAACGCCCCCUCUAUGCUGCUAAAAUUGUGUUAGAUGUCCCUCUCUACUAAACUCCCCCAAUCUGAAUUAGUCUAUAAAAAAAAACCUGGGAAUUAGUAAAAUUAUUCAAUUCUUUCAUUUUCUUGCUUGGUUAAGAAGGCUUUGCGUAUUUCAUCUUGUUCAUUUAAGGGUAAUGAUAGACUAACGAUGGCAACACGAUACCUCAGCGAUAACCCUGAGCGAGGAUUCUGACAUCGAUGUUGGGAAUUGAAAGAGAGAUUUGGAUCUCUAGACGGCCUAGACGUAUCAAUUGAUCGAGUUGAUAUUCCGCUAUUUUCAAAAUCUCUCAAUAUCAUGUUCCGAUUGUUAUUAGUUUGGUUGAGUUCGUUACAGUUAUGAGAGUAUUAAACGCCGCUCUCUUUUAAAUACCUCCUAUCUAUUAAACGCCCCCUCUUGGACCCCGAGCGCGCCGUUUAUUAGGUCAUUUACGGUGACACCUGGAGUAGGAAGGAGGAGUCUUUUUGUAGUAAAAGCACUCAAGUUAUUAACCACUGCCAGAAAAAUUGGACUGUUUACAACAAAGAAAUCGAUGGAGGAAAAAUAUAUCCAAAAAUAGCUGCACUAAAAAACCGUUUUUCAAAGAGGCAGUGACGGUAGUGGUUUUCUUUCUUCCUUCUCUCAUAAAUGCCUUUCAUUUUAGUGCAAGCACAGUGCGACAAAGAUGGCUUUAUUCUCACUGGUUCAUCAGGAAGUUUUUCAAGUCCAAACUACCCAUCUAAUUACCCAAACAGCAGAACGUGCAGGUGGAUUAUUGGUGUUCAACAGGGCCACCGAGUACAGCUGACUUUCCAGACAUUUCUGCUAGAAACGUGUGUGACAUCUGUUUGUACUUGUGACCACGUUGAGAUAAGAGACGGCAGUGAUGGAAGUUCUCCCAGCUUAGGAAGAUUUUGUAGUGACAACAAGCCUUCGCCAAUCCAAUCAUCUGGUCGAUUUCUGUGGAUAGAAUUCGACAGUGAUCUUACAACGAACGAGAAAGGAUUUUCUGCAACCUACGUCGCUGUCGGUAUGAUAAUUAAUUUUCCCUAAAACAAUGAUUUUGAUCUACACGAUGAAAUGCCGUGGAAUGCCGAUCGUAUUAAUGUGGUAGCGUCACGUUGUGAUACUUAGUUUUACCUUACUUUGUAAUGAAAGAUAACUAUACCACAUUACAUUCAAUACAACGCUAUACAACGAUGGACUAAGAGACUAUUCUAUAACUGUUCUCAUGUUCGGCUUGUCUCACUAUCGAGGUGAUAGAGUUUGGAAAUGAUUGGUAUUUUGCCAGCCUAGUCCCUAGGCGUUCUCAGCUCUGUCAAUCCUGGACUCUACCGUGAGCUGUGACGUCACCGAGAGAUACUCGCCCGCUCUUUCCCAGACUUCGCUCGGACAACGCGGCAAGAGAGAACGCCUAGGGACUAGGUUGGUCUUUUGCCAGAUCAGAAAAAAGUGUCAUCUUAAUAUAGAGGAAGUUGUCACUAUGGCGAUUUUUUCUUGUACCCUGUUUAUUUCCUCUUGAAGAAUGGUACUGCCGGGCUUUGAGUAAAAUUCCCUCCAGCUGGAUUUCAAAUGUACCGGACGUCCUUUGAUUUGCUGAGUUCCGGCAGCCUUUUAGUCCAUGCUAUUAUCAGAGUAUAGUCUUGGGUUAGUAAUAACUCGCUGAAACUAAGUUAAAAAGGUCUGAUAUUCCUUUCUGUUUCCCUCUUAGCUAUACCAACAACCUUUCCUGCAACGAAUCUUCCAGGUAUCAAAGUUCAUUGUUAUUAAAACACAACUGAAUUGACAAGCACGGAACGAGGUGUUUCAGUGACUGAAAAAAUCACGAAAACAGAAAUGUGACUUUAUAUCAGAAAACUAGAAUUAUGCUAUAAUAAUUCCCCGUGACACACAAAUUAAAUUAGAGCAUGCAAUUGUGAAAGUCUGCAGUUUUAAAUGUUGUAAAUGUUGAGUGAAGUUCCCUCCAGCUGGAUUUCAAAUGUACCGGAAGUCCUUUGAUUUUCUGCGUUCCGGCAGCCUUUUAGUCCAUGCUAUUAUCAGGGUUAUAGUCUUGGGUUAGUAAUAACUCGCCGAAACUAAGUUUAAAAGGUCUGAAAUUCCUUUCUGUUUCCCUUUUAGCUAAACCAACAACCUUUCCUGCAACGAAUCUUCCAGGUAUCAAAGUUCAUUGUUAUUAAAACACAACUGAAUUGACAAGCACAGAACGGGGUGUUUCAGUGACUCAAAAAAAGAAAUGUGACUUUACAUAAGAAAACUAGAAUUAUGCUAUAAUAAUUUCCCGUCACACACAAAUUAAAUUAUAGCAUGCAAUUGUGAAAGUCUGCAGUUUUAAAUGUUGUCUUAUUUAAUUUGUAAAGCCCUGACUAUAUUUCCUCCAUGUGGUGGUGAUUGUGAACUUUAAAGUCAUAUUGGCAAUUUUGCCUACUUCGCAUAUUAAUCUAUUUCUUUAUAAAUCUCAUUGUGUUUGUCCUAGUUUACUGCUAUUUUGUACACUUUUUAAUCGUAGCUAAAGUACAAGAUUGACUACAAAUGAGUAUCUAUAAUUGAAGGCUGUCUCGGCCCAUUAUGGCGUGAACUGUGUUGUUUAGCUAGUAUAGGUUAUAGUUUGAUGGAUUCAGCAUCCUCUCUUGCGUCUAUGACUUCGAUUAUCUUCCUUACAUUUAAAACAUGGCUUGUGACUGGGGGGAUGUUUGAAAAAAACCGGACUUUCUAAUCCGGACACUACUACCGUUGUACUAUAUAAAAUAUAUAAAGUACAACAUUCAACAUAACACUGUAAACAGGUUUAGGUAGGAUUUAAGAUGAUAAUUAUCUUAGGAGUAAAGAAGUUGGAGAGUAUUUUACCAUGGAAGGACUUGAAUAAUGGAUGUCAGUUAAGGGUUUUAGAUAAGAGAGAAGACUCUUCCACACUUUUGCGGCUCAAGUAAAAACGUACAUUCUGUAAAAGUCCCGCUCCUUUAUAAUUGUGAGUACGUUUUAUCGUCCUAAAAUCACAAGAAAAAGGAGCCCGCUAAGCAAAAACGACAGUGCCGGCUACAAAAACGUCACUUAAAGCGAAUUCGCGCUGCUUCAAACUUUCCCGCUUAUUCCAUCUCGUUCAGUUCCCGAAAUACUACCGAAUUUUUUUGGAGUUUAUUUCUGAAUGACUGUAUCGAAGUCCAAGAAAAGAAAAGAAAGUCGUUGGGCGCGAUCCAUUCAACCAAAAUUUCCGAAAAUUUCGGUCCAAAACUCAAUGGAUCGGCUCGGUCCAACCGGAAAAGUUUCGAAAAAACGGGUCCACCUUUUGAGGUGGUCCUCUUUUCUCGGUCGGAUCGGUCUGAAUUUUGGUUUAAUGGAUCGCGCCCGUUGUCUUAGGUUCACUUACUCCACAAAACGUGUGGCAAUAGGCACUUUCAUGUCGUAGCCGUGCAAAGACGGCAAAGCAAUGUACAAAAAUAGAGUGACGCACGCGCAAAGUUGUUGUUUUGCAAAUCUAAACCUUUUGCUUUUUGCCGUUCUCGUUGCCGUCGCCGUCGUCGUUGCCUAAGGUCUCUUUUAAAGUCAACUAAUUUGCUUAUUAGCGAUGCUUUUCCUUGGCAGAGAGGAUCGUUUGCUCAGAUCCUAAACACCCAGCAAACUGCAGCAAUUCGUUGACUCCCAUCUGUUGUCAUGAUAACGGACCAUCAUGCUGUCGUACAGGCGGCAGUCGAUGUAUUGAUGGUGCAGCGACAAGAGAUUAUUGUCCAAGACCCUCAGAUGACCCGAGCGAAGGAAAGUGCUGUCUUGAUGAUAACGGCGAACCAUCGUGCUGUAAAGAUAGGUAUGUUAUCGAGACCUGA